CGUCACAUUAGUUAGUCGUCGGCAGUUAUUGAUUUUUUAUGUAUUUUAUAUGCUGUUUAUUAGUUCUUGUCAUUCCGUUGCUACGGCGUACGAGCGCGCGAAAAAAUGACAGCUCCGAACUGUCAUUUUGCACGUGGCUGCACGCUCAUUCCUGGAUUUUUAUGUAUUAAGAUCUCGUUAAAUAUUGCGAAUCUCGCAAAAUGGUACAGAACUUUUCGACUCAUGAAGUCAUUAAAACUACCUAUUUUACAGGUAUAUAAGUAUUUUGUUAAAAGAAUAAAUUUAAAAAAUAAAUACAAAAGUAAACUGCAAAAUUCUAAGAUGAUACAAUGUUUUUGUUUUAGGACGGUUUUCACGUAAAAGAGACAUGUUGCUUGCAAUAUAUUUUAAGACUUGAUACGCACGAUAUUUUAAUAUCCGGUGGUGAAGACUGCACCCUUCGUGUUAGUUGUGUAUCUCAGAGUUUUAAAGAAAAUUUCGAGAACGUCUACACCUUUCAUACUUAAGGAAUUUUUGAUGGUCAUCUUUCGGGCAUAAAAUGUAUAAGUAUUGUUAAAUUAAGCAACAAGCUCGGCAAAUUAAAUAACAGAUAUUUAGUCUUUUCUGCUGGAGGAAGAGCACAGCUAAAAGUCUGGGAGAUAAAUUUUAAAUACAAUCGACAAAUAUCGCCAAGUGUUGAUGUAUCAUGUUCCGACAUGAACUCUCAUAUGCUCUACGAACAAGAUCAAUAUCGCAGGAAACUUUGGCAAGAAACUAAACAGUCUUAUGUUAUAGAACCAGAAACACGUUACAUGGAUAUUUAUACGUAUUAUCUUUCUGAGGAUCUAAAUUGUGUGUUAAUAUUUGUAGCUUGUGCAGACGGAUAUCUAAGACUAUUCGUGUACAAUAUGAAAACCAACAACACGUAUUUAAAAGUAUCCACCAAAUAUAUAAAUCGUUGCAUUUUGAAAAUACACGUGUUAUCACACAAGGGCAAAGUAAUUGUGUUAACAAUGAGUACUGAUGGAUUGUCACGUUUCUUCGAUUAUAUCAAUAUAGUUACGAAAAUAUAUGAAGAUACAAAUUCCAAGGAUAUUAUAGAUUUCAGUGAUGCUCCUUUUGCAGAACAUAGUCUGCAUCAGUCAGGAAUCAAUUCUUUUGAUCUACAAUAUUUAAAUAAAAAUAAAUAUCUUUUAUUAUAUCCAGUAGAUCAGUCUUGUUCUUCUUUGGCAUAA